GACUGGGGGAAAGAUGCGCAAAAGAAGGUGUAAACAGUUCUUCUUUCUUCAUGAUCAACUGCAGCUGGUUCUGCUCAUCUCUGUCGCCGCAUUCGUCGGAUAUGCACUCUGCCAUCUCUACUUCACCUAUCUAGUGGGUCCGGCUGAGUCGGGACCCCAUAGUUCGCACCAUCUACAAACAUCUCCGCCUGUACUCCCGUCUCUGCGCUGGAGACUCUACGGAGUUGCGUUUAUCGACGAUGCUUUCUCGGUGCGAGAGAAGCGGGAACUUGGUCGCAGGCGAGAUGAAACGGUAAAACUGUUCUCCAGCGCUUCAGGAGACACCCACGUGCAGGAACUGGUGGAGGGGCUGCACAAUCUGCAGGUAGCUUGCCACGAGCGUCCGCAGAGCGAGCGGCAAGCACUGGGGGAGAAAUACGCCAAGUUCCUUGAGGUGCUGUCGAUCUACACGGUGUUUCACAAGCGGGAGAGACAGAGAGAGGGCGCGAGGCGACUGGUGUGGGUCUGCGACGCUCACAGAGCGUGCGGGGGCCUGGCGGAUCGAGUCAAGGGCGUCGCCUAUGCUCUCAUUCUCUCGAUUCUAUCACGGAGGGUGUUACUUCUGGAUUGGCGGGACAGAAAGUUCGGAGAGCAAGAGUACUUACAGCCGAACAUCAUCGACUGGCGGCUCACCACGGAAGAAAAAAAGAGAGCAUAUCCAGAGGAAGACUAUGAAAGCUACUACGACCUAGUAGAACUAGCUGGGCAAGUAUUCUUGGCGGCAUUGGAGUUGACAGCUCUGCAGAAGACCUGCAGAAUAACCUGGAAGCAAUCUACGGUAGUUGGAAUUGGAUCUUGCUGGAGAGUAACAUGGAGCCCAGUUCUCUGGUGAAUGGGACAAAGACAGCGUCUCUGGAGUGGAUUGCGCAAGGCAUGGCUGGACUUGGGCUCGACAAACUCCCCCCGCACGACAUUGACAAUAUAGUGGGACUGGUGUUUCGAUACCUAUUCAGAUUCUCGGCGGAGAUUCUGCAAGAGGCUGCAGCGGCCCGAGAAGUGCUCGGGCUGAAUAACGCAGCUUAUGUGGGCGUCCACGUGAGAACAGGUUUUGCAGGUUCUGUACAGCGGGAGAGUAUCGAACACCCAAAGCUGUACCGCACAGCUCAGCAAUGGGGGAAGACCCUCUCCUGU